CGGAAAGUGUCUUCCUGUAAUCUCUACAGCUGUAGCUACAGUACAGUGAAGAGACUUCAUGUGUCUUCAUGUUGAGUGACCAUCAAGGCACCAUCAAGAAUCAGAAUAUACACUGUAAACAGAGUAACCUGCAAUUCCAUGGAAGAUGACAUACAAGAUGAAGUCAUUUCACCGUUUAAGGAAAAGCGAUUGGGAGGCUGGCAAAUCUUGCAGCUGACAGCGGGCACGGGUUUGGCAGUCUAUGCCGUCUGGGCAGGAAUUCUCAUGCCAGGCUUUCGCAGAGUGCCACUCAAAUUGCAAGUGCCUUAUAUGCCAGCGAGCAGAUCUCAAGUACGUAACGUUAUGACUCUGCUGAAAGGCCGGUCUGGAGGCAUCGCUGACCUGGGCUCAGGUGAUGGCAGGAUUGUAUUAGAAGCACAUCUUCAGGGAUUCUCUCCUGCGGUAGGAUAUGAACUCAACCCCUGGCUUGUUCGUCUUGCAUACUUUCAUGCGUGGAGAGCCGGACAUCACAGAAGUGUUUCAUAUCGACGAGAGGACCUGUGGAAGGUUGAUCUGUCAACUUAUAAGAAUGUAACAGUAUUUCUGGCCCCUAGUGUGCUAAGUCUUUUACAAAAGAAGCUACUGGCUGAACUCCCUGAAGAUGCUUUGAUUGUGGCGGGACGCUUUCCGUUCACUGAUUGGACGGCGUGUAAGGUAGAGGGGGAAGGCGCGGACAGAGCGUGGGCCUAUCAUAUACAAGAACUGAGACAAUGCUGCCAAACGAAGGACAAAAAUUUAACAGACUAAACCAGCUAAUUGUUCAGCCACACAAAUAGUUUUAUUUAUUUUAGCUUUAUUUUAUAACAGUUUUACUGUGUUUUUACAGAUGUAUUGUGCAAAAUGUUUUUUAAAUGGAUUUAGAAAUAUAUAUAUAUAUAUAAUAUAAAAAUCUAAAAUGAUACAAUAAAAUAUCAAUAAAAUCAUAUAUAUUAUAUAUAUAUAAAUAUACUGUAUGUACAGCUCUGGAAAAAACUAAGAGACCACUGCAAAAUUACCAGUUUCUCUGGAUUUACUAUUUAUAGGUGUGUUUGAGUAAAAUUAUUCUAUAAAGUACUGACAGCAUUUCUCCCAAAUUCCAAUUAUUUAUUUGCAUAAAAUGAAAACUGGUCAAAAUAACAAAAAGGAUGCAGUGUCUUCAGACCUCGAAUAAUGCAAAGAAAACCAGUUCAUAUAAAUUUUUAACAUUCCAGAGGUUUUCAAUGGGGUUCAGGUCUGGAGAUCGGGCUGGCCAUGACAGGAUCUUGAUCCAUUGGCCCUCAAUCCGCAGAGUUCUGGAACAUGGUCAGAGCAGAAGAAGUUUUCUUCCAGGAUAACCUUGUAUGUGGCUUGAUUCAUGCGUCCUUCACAAAGACGAAUCUUCCCGAUUCCAGCCUUGCUGAAGCACCCCCAGAUCAUCACCGAUCCUCCACCUGGUCAUCUAAUGGUUAGACAGAGACCUGGAGAGGCCUUCAAGCCACAGUGUCUCACACCCACUGUGAAAUUUGGUGGAGGAUAGGUGAUGAUCUGGGGGUGCUUCAGCAAGGCUGGAAUCGGGCAGAUUCGUCUUUGUGAAGGACGCAUGAAUCAAGCCACGUACAAGGUUAUCCUGGAAGAAAACUUGCUUCCUUCUGCUCUGACAAUGUUCCCCAACUCUGAGGAUUGAUUUCUCCAGCAGGACAAUGCUCCAUGCCACACAGUCAGGUCAAUCAAGGUGUGGAUGGAGGACCACUGGAUCAAGACCCUGUCAUGGCCAGUCCAAUCUCCAGACCACAGGAAUGUGAUCAAGAGGAAGAUGGAUGGCCACACGCCAUCAAACAAAGCUGAGCUGCUUGAAUUUUUGUGCCAGGAGUGUCAUAAAGUCACCCAACAGCAAUGUGAAAGACUGGUACAGAGCAUGCCAAGACACAUGAAAGCUGUGAUUGAAAAUCAGGGUUAUUCCACCAAAUAUUGAUUUCUGAACUCUUAAGUUAAAACAUUAGUAUUGUGUUGUUUAAAAAUGAAUAUGAACUUGUUUCCUUUACGUUAUUCGAGGUCUGAAAACAUUGCAUCUUCUUGGUUAUUUUGACCAGUUGUCAUUUUCUGCAAAUAAAUGCUCUAAAUGACAAUAUUUAUAUUUGGAAUUUGGGAGAAAUGUUGUCAGUACUUUAUAGAAUAAAACAAAAAUGUUCAUUUUACUCAAACAGAUACCUAUAAAUAGUAAAUCCAGAGAAACUGAUGAUUUGCAAUGGUCUCUUAAUUAUUUCCAGAGCUGUAUAUAUACAGGUAUACAAAAUUAUAUCCAUAGAAUUUACAUUGUGCUCUAACUUUAAGUUAUGCAACUCAGAACUUGUCAAAAACAAAGUUGAUGUCUGUGGGAGAUCCUUAAAGUGUUGUAAGCCGUGGAUCACUUCCUGUUUUUUAAUGUGACCUAGAUAAUGUUUUGUGUGCAAUAUUUCAAGAAAUAUAUCUUUUAUAGAGCAAAGAAAUAAACGGUAUGUAUUUA